CUGGUAGUUUUUAAAAAUAUAAUUGUUUACACAGUUUGACGUUUCAACCUUAUGUUAUUUUGUGUUCCGUAAAGGAAGACCAGUGCGGUUUUUGGCAUCACGUAUGAAUAAUUAUUAUUCGUUCAUAUUAGAUUUCUGUGCGGAGCAUCAGACGAGCUUAAGGUUAGCUUAGCUCGUUAGCAUCAGCCUUCAGUCAUCUGUAGGGAACACAGUAAUCACUGUCAGUAAAGUAUGUUGUUUCUGGAGGAGUUAAAGGGGAGGAACUGUGCUGCUGUGAUUUUGGAAUAAAUCAUUAGGAGGAAACAAAUCGACAGAUGGAGGAACACAGUGAGGAGAUUGACUCCCAUGAUGUCAAGCAGGUCAAAGAGGAGCUGCAAGUUCAAAGGCAGAAUGAGAGUCCCGGACUGCAGCAGCAGGACCAGAGGCCCCCACAGAUUAAAGAAGAAGAGGAGGAUGCUGAGAUCAUGCAGUUUAUAUUUGAUCCUGCGUUUAUAAAGAGCGAAGAUGAUGAAGAGAAAGCUCUGCUCGCCGAGCUUCAUCACAGUGCUGAGCAGAACAGAGACGAUGAAGGACCAGAACCAGAUGAGUGUUCAGAAACCGAAAAGGAAGACAAAACCUCAGACUCCUCACAAACAGACGUCAGUGAUGGAAACUGGGAGGAGAGCAGCGAAUCUGGUUCAGACUCUGUGAGAAAUACAUUUCCUGCUGAUGAUGGAACUUGUGAGAGAAAAGAAAAAGUCCACAUCUGUGGUGAGUGUGGUAAAGUAUUUAAACGCAGAUCGUGUUUGGUACGACACAACAUAAUCCACUCAGGAGAGAAACCGUUCAGCUGCUCCAUCUGUAGCAAAGCUUUCACCUGGAAGCGAGGCUUAGUGAUACACAUGAGAACGCACAGUGGAGAGAAACCUUUCAGUUGCUCACUGUGUGGUCAGAGUUUCUCAAGGAAGGAGUCUGUCACGUCUCACAUGAGAUGUCACUCAAGUGAAAAACCUUUCAGCUGCUCCGUGUGUGGGAAAAAGUUUAACAGGAAGGAAAAUGUUAUUCGUCACAUGAGGUGCCACACUGAAGAAAAACCAUUCAGCUGCUCCGUCUGUGGACAAAAGUUUGGAAGGAAGGAGAGUUUAAGCUAUCACAUGACGCACCACACUACAGAGAAACCCUACAGCUGCUCCGUUUGUAACAAAGCUUUCACUCUGAAAGUAACUUUAAUGGAACAUACAAGGUUCCACACAGAGGACAGACCAUUCAGCUGUUCUGUCUGCAAAACCGCCUUUAAAAGAAAAGCCUAUUUGACAGAACACAAAAAAAUCCACACGGGAGAGAAGCCUUUCAGCUGUUCUGUUUGCGGCCGAAGCUUCCGACAGUCCAACAGCCUGAAGCGUCACAUGAAAAGUCACACAGAGGAAAAACCGUUCAGCUGCUCUGUCUGUCAGGCGACUUUCAAAUGGAAAAGUGCUUGUGUAAAACAUGUGAAAAACCACACUGGUGAAUAACUAGUAAAGUAAAGAUGCUGCAGCUUUUUCUUAUUAUUGGGUUAUUGGGUUUUCAUUUAACCAACACAAACUAGUCUAUAAUUGCAGGAAGGACGGUGAGACCUUUGCUAUAUUAUUUAAUCACUAUCACUUAAUUGCAGUUGAAUUCACAGUGGGCAGCAUGAUCAGUUCUUAGGUUUUGGGAGGAAUUGGUAUUUUGACAAAAGGCCAGGAAGUGGGUCAGAAAUGACAUGAGGAUGGAUCGAGCUAAAUACUGGCCAAACCUGUGUCGGGACAUUUAUCCAUUCUUUAAGCUAGAAUAUUGCUCAAAUAAAUAUUUAUAUCCUGUAUAGCACUUCUGGAUAAAUGUGAACUACAUUUCAUUGCUUUGUACUUGAAACAAUAAAAUUACAAAGUUGAAUUCUAUUCUAAGUGAAUUGAAUUUGGUAACUCAAUUACCAUGGUGAAACAAUAAAGUUUAAUUAUAGACUGUUUAAUUCUUAAUUUGGAUAUUUUUCAGCUUUCAGUUCAUGAGAAAACAACAUUUAAAAUUACAUUACAUCAAAACAAUUAAAACACAUUUAAAACAGAAAUGUGGAUUUCCUGAAAAGUAUGUUUUAUACUUGGUUAAAUGAUUGUAACUCGGCCCAGAAGUAUGAGGUUAUGGAUUUAUUAAAAACAUGGGAUCAGUUGUCAGUGUCCCAGUCAUAAUUCAGACGUUUGAGAAUCUGCUGAAAGUUAAAUAUUGACACUAUGAGAAAUUGUGUAUUUGUAAUCCAAUAUAUUUGUACAUUAUAAAAUAAUAAAAACUUGGAUUAUUUGGUUCGAAAUAGAAAAAAUGAACAUUUCUGGGGUGUGAAUACUUUUGCAAAGAAUCUCUGUGGAAACUGUAUAACAUCACUGUUACUGGGUUUAAGUUUUUUGACU